AUGGAUGGAGGUGCUGCAGCCAUCGAAGUUCUUCUCCAAAAUCUGAUCAACGUUUUAAGGGAAGAGUACUCUCUACUUCGAGGUCUCGACAAAGAUGCCCAACAGCUGCAGAAGACUUUGGUCAUGAUUGUAGCAUACUUGAGUGAUGCACAGAAGAAAUUCAUCACUCAAGAUGCUGUCAAAAUCUGGUUGAGGGAGCUCGAAGCUCUGGCUUUCGAUGCUGAUAAUGUCUUGGACAAACUCAGCUAUCAUCUUCUCCACAAAAAAGUGAAGAAAAUGAAGACACCCAAAGCCAAGGAUAAGGUACUAUCAUGCUUCUCAUCCUUUCAUGGCAUUUCACGUCGGCGUAAUAUGGCUUUCACAAUCAAACAUAUCAAUGUUGAUUUUGAAUCUAUGAACAAAAGAGCAUUAGAUCUUGGCCUUCAAAGCAUGGUUGUGAAUGCACCCGCUGCAGUUGCUCAUACUUCCAUUGAGACGGAUUCGUUCAGUCUUGAUCCAAUUUUUGUUGGAAGAGAUGAUGAUGUGCCUAAACUAGUUGAUGUGCUCACCGACAUCCAGCAUGAUCGGAUCUUCUCUAUGGUUGCUCUUGUCGGAAUGGGAGGUGCGGGGAAAACUACUUUGACAAAAAAAGUCUUCAAUCAUGAAAGGGUAAGGGCUCGAUUCAGAUCACAUAUUUGGGUUCAUGUUUCCCAAACUUUUGAUACAAUGAGUCUCUUCAACAAAAUACUUUAUAAGUUGACUAAAAGGAGUGAUGGAGUUGAGAGUAGAGAUGAUAUAUUGGAAAAGCUUCAAGAAGCUCUCAAGGCAAAAACUUAUCUUCUUGUUUUUGAUGAUGUAUGGAAUGAUGAUGUUAUGAAAUGGGAAGACUUUAUAAACUCCUUAUUGGGAGUUACUUCUACAAAGGGUAAUGGCAUUAUCAUCACCACCAGGAGUCAAAAGGUUGCUUCAAUUGUUAACUCAUUUCAUAUUCAUCUUUUGAAUGGCUUAUCAGAUGAAGAUUGUUGGUCCAUAAUCAAAGCCAAAACUUUUGAUGAAAACAGUGAAGUUUCAUUAGGAUUCGAGACGAUUGGAAGAAAGAUUGCUAAAAGAUGCCAAGGUUUGCCCUUAGCUGCCAAUGUAGUCGGGGGAGUGUUUCGUGGUAAGUCUGAAGAAGAGUGGCGCUUCAUCAAUGAAAAUUGGCUUUCAGAUGUUGAAGGAGGUGAAAAUAUCUCAAAAAUAUUGAAAUUGAGCUUUGAUCACCUGUCUUCACCGUCGCUCAGGAAGUGCUUCAUGUUUUGUUCAGUUUUCCCCAAAGGUUGGGAAAUCGAGAAGCGGGAGUUGAUUGAACUAUGGAUGGCAGAAGGGUUUCUUCAACCAAGCCGAAGAGAUGAUAUGGAGUCCGUGGGCAACAUGUAUUUUCAUGUGCUUCUACAGAACUCUCUGUUGCAAGUUCAAAUGAGAGAUGAUUAUGGAAAUGUGGAAAGUUGUGUUAUGCACGAUCUUGUGCAUGAUCUUGCAGCUUAUGUUUUAUCCAAUAAUGGCAGCACCCCAAUUCGAUACUUGUUUCUCCAAGCAGAAUCGAGUCCUAUUCCAAAAAAGGCGACCAAGCAUUUGCGAACAUUAUUCUUGCAUGGUGAAACAUUUGGUACGAAGUUCUCAGACUUUGAAUGUUUACAUACUCUUACACUGUCCAGUUAUAAUGAUGAAGAGUUGCCCUAUUCGAUUAGGAAGUUAAAACAUUUGAGAAAUCUGAAUAUUUCAAAAACAUGUAUUAGAAACCUUCCUAAGUGGAUUGGUGAACUCCAUCACUUGCAAACAUUAAGAGCAAAUGUAUGGAAAUUAGAGAAACUGCCAAGUACGUUGAAGUACUUGAUUAACUUAAGGCAUCUUCAUAUCAAUUCUAGUACGAAGUUGCCGGCAAAGAUUGGGAGAUUGAAUCGUCUCCAAACACUGCCUCACUUCACAGUGGGCAAAGAAAAAGGCUAUCAAAUUGAAGAGCUCGGAAGUUUGAAGAAUCUCAAAGGAACACUAGAGAUUCAUAACCUGGAGAAUGUGCGUGAUAAAGAAGAGGCUCUGAGAGCAAAUAUAUUUCAGAAGCCAAAUUUGUUUGAUUUGGUGUUUGAAUGGAGUGAUAGUAGAGAUGAUGAAAGAAAUGAUGAGAGUGUGUUGGAAGGCCUCCAACCUCAUCCAAAGCUGAAGAAUUUGAAGAUUUCAGGAUUCAAAGGCAAAAGAUUUCCAACAUGGAUUGAGAAGAUGACAGUGCGUGAUGGGCCUCAUGGCACAUGGGUACCGCUUGACAACUUGAUUACAAUAACACUCUCCGAGUGCUCAGAAAUUGAGGAAAUCCCAAAGGUGGAGCACUUGCCGAAUCUCAAGUUUCUUUGUUUGGACGGAUUGAAAAAGGUAAGGUUUAUGAAUGCUUCAUUUAGUCAUUUAACGUCACUCGAAAUUAGAGGAUUAGAGAGAUUGGAAUGUCUACCAGAAUGGUUAUUCUAUAACAAUCAGAAUCUCUCAGAUUUGAAAAUAUCAAAAUGCGGUGUGUUGAGAGAAUUACCGGAUGGCAUGGACACCCUCAAUUCUCUGAAGUAUUUGCAUAUUCAGGAUUGUGAAUGUAUAAAGUCGAUUGGGAAUCCAAGUGGUGGAGCACGACAAUCGCAAUGGAUCCUUUGUGAGCUGAGUAUUAUCGGGUGUGAAGAGCUGAUGGAAUUGCCGCAUCAAAUGCUGGAGUCAUGGGCCCCUACAAUUGAGGUUCUUAGAUUGGAGAGAUUAAGGAGCCUAAAGAGUCUACCAAUGGUAAUCGACUGCCUCGCUAAAUCAUCUACUCGUCUCAGAAGAUUGAAAAUCAAAGGUGUUCCUAAAUUGAUGGAUGCUAGUAGUGGUAGUGUUGAGAGUUGGGAUUUAGGCAGGUUGAAUGAAUUGAACAUAGAUGUGAGUGAGGAGUGGUCAAGAGAGGCUAGUGUUGGCAUUAUAGAGACUGUGGAUGGUAUGCUGCAAAGAUGCUGCAACUCACUCACUAACUUGCAUUUGAAGGGGGUGGAAAAUUGGGAGUGUGAUACGGGAACACACCCGACAACAAUCACAGAAGCGCAAGGGGACGAAGUGAGACGGGAGGAAGGCUGCGAGGUACCGAGAGCAGAGGAGAAUCAGUUGGUGUUUGAAACUGCAGGGGAAGAAAGAGCGCCAGCGGCAGUGCCGAGCAGGAGCGACCGGCCACGACGGGAGUCGAGACCUCCAGUGAAGUAUGGAGACUUCGUGGUCGCACGGAAAAAGCGUUGA